AUGCUUCAAAAGAGUUUCCCUGUUCGUGGAUGGGCGUAUGCACUUUUCUGCUUCAUCUUUACCCUGGCAGCAGCUAGCCCAGAAAUCCUCUGGACUGAUUGCAGCGAGCACAUUCCCCCCAGCACUGUUUUCGACCCAACGGGCGUGGACCUUCAACACCUUCCGUCAACGCUCAAAUGUGGCCAGAUUGUCGUGCCAAUGGACUACUCGAGGCCACUCAGUGAGAGCAACAAUAUUACUCUUGGCCUUGCCAUGCAUCGACCCGUUGAACCAAAAGGCGUCAUCUUCUUUUGUCCAGGUGGCUCGGAUAAUGGAGUGGUGUACGCAUGGAAUCUUGCACUCAAUAUUACCUCUCCGUUCACUCCCGAUUUCUCGGGGUUGACAGACUACGACUUGAUGAUGAUGGACAUUCGUGGCACGUAUAGCUCCAAUCCUCUGAAUGUUUCGAUGGACAAAGUGCUACCCUUAUUCAACCCCUACCCAACCUCUCAGGCCGAAUUCGAUGAUGUGAAAGAGACCGCUGCCGCCGCAAUACAGUCGUGGGUUGAUUCAAGUUUGCCCACCGGAAUCAUUGGGCACGUCGGAACACGGGAGGUUGUGCAGGACUACAAUCAGAUUCGUCAGGCUCUAGGUUACGAGAAAAUUCAUUUCCUAGGCGCUUCUUAUGGUAGCUAUCGAGCUUUACAAUUUGCCCACGCGUAUCCCAACUCUGUGGGCCACUUUGUGCUAGACGCGGUAGUGCCGCAUGGAGUUGAUCCUGGCCAGCAGGCAGAAGAUGAGAUAGUAGCCGCAAAUCGGGUCUUGUUGAGGGUAGAUGCAUAUUGCCAGAACAACUCAUCAUGCCCCUUUAGAAAUGCGGGCAAGGGCAGUAUUCCAGAAGCAUUCCGUGAGAUCGUCAAGAGAGCCUCGAACUCAUCUAUCGAUUCUGUUUGGGCCAUCCAAUCAGCUGUCUCCGGGCUUUUUCAGGAUCAGCCAGACUUUCCUCAGAUUAUUGAUUUGAUUUCCGCGUUGUCAGUGAAUAUCAGCGCCUUGGAAGCUUUGCCCGAACAAGAGGUGACAGUCGAGAGCGUGGUUGCUUACAUUCUGGAGUGCGGUGACUCUCCACCAACUACAACCUUUUCUGAAUUUCAGAAAUCUCUGAACGGUGGUUUGGGGCAUGAUACCAACAACUUGGGUCAAACAACAGUCUGGUUAACACAACUUGCUUGCUCAGCUUGGCCUUUUGAUACAGCAUCCUUGACACCGCUCCGAACAGAACUCCCUAUGCUCCUCGUCACAGCAGAUUUCGAUGGCAGCGCGCCCACGGAAUGGACGACUCGAGCAAUGGACGACAUUCCGAAUGGUCAUCUGGUUGUUCGGCAUGGCGAUGACCAUGUUUCAUUUAACUUACCCUAUCAGUACUCAACCGAGAUCGAGAAAAGCUUCUUGCGAAUUGGAACCUUACCGCGGCAAUCCAACGAUAGUUCUCUGACUGUCUACGCACCGUCUGUGAAGAGAGGUCCUAUUGCCGAUCCUUACAGCGUUCCGACUGGAUUUUGGGCAGGCGACGUGGAUAGUGCAUGAUUAUGAGUUGGAGCGAACGUUCGAUAGCAGUAUUUCGCCUUGGGAUAGAUAGUUAGCGCGAACGUCUUCAAAGCGGCCUGGAUUUCGAUGAGCCCCCCACGUGAGCUCCAAGCAGAUUUCAUCUUCCUUCUGC